AUGGAAGAUCAAAAGAAAACAGAUGUAAUUAAAAACAUGCGGACAGUCUUGCCUCCACUCAACUUAAAAGCAUCGGAAGUGCCAGAACAGUCAGUGCAGAAGAGCGUGCCCUCUCAGAGCAGCCCACCGCAAAGUAAACAGAACAGAAUAGCACCUGUAGCAGAGCCCUCUCAUGCGCCAAAUAUAAUGCCAAAUGGGAUGAUGAUGUAUGGAUAUCGACAUCCAGACAGAGAGCGGCCAUUAGAUAAACUAGACAGACCAGACAGGCCCCAUAUGCACAUGCCCCCAGCACCAGGUGGCAGAUACAGGGUACAUCCCUCCAAUGGGUACACUCCGUACAAUCCAUUUGGAAAGGCGCCUCUUGGGUAUCCCCCUGGCAGGCAGCCGCCACAUGCACAGACCAGGUACUACCCACCCUCCAGGCAGCACCCAUACAUGGGAGAGAUGCACUCUUCUGGUAGAAUGCCAUCAGACAAAAAGCCCCCUAUGGCGCAUCCGCAGAGGCACACCAUGCCGCCAAGUGCCCACGGGCCAGCGCAUCCGCCAAGCAAUGCAGGCAUGCCAGGGCCCAGUAACCCAGCCAUUCUCAUGCCAGAGGUGGGGGGAAGUGCGAAGAUACAGAUAAAAGAUGCCAUGCGGUAUUUGGACGUUGUGAAGGAAGAGUACAAAAAUAACAAGGAAGUUUACAACAAAUUCCUGAAGACAAUGAAGGACUAUAAGGACAGACACAUCAAUGCGAAGACGGUUAUUGAGAUUAUGCUCUCUAUCUUUAAUGGGAACCAGAAGCUCAUACAGGGCUUUAACCAGUUCCUUCCAAAGAAGUAUGAGAUACUUCCCUCCGGCGAGGUGAAGAUGCAUGGCGAGAGACCAGAUACAGACAAGCAGCCCAAGAGAAUGCCACCCCGGGAGUAUCCGCCAGCAAGUAAGCCGCCGCAGAUGCAGUAUGACCCCCGCAGAGAUCUUGAGGGUCUGGGGAUAGGAAUUAAGUCGCAGCCUGCGCGCACUGACCAGGAUAACAUGGGGCGUGUUGUGAACUAUCUGAAUAAGGUGCGAAAACAUCUGGAAAACAACCCAGUGUCCUGGUUUGAGUUCCUUCGGAUAGUCCAGUCAUACAAAAACAGCAAAGAGCAUCGGCCAAUUCCAGAAAUCCUUGCAAGCAUAAAGGUGCUUUUGAAGGAUGAUCCUGUUCUUAUCUCUGAGUUUAUGGUGUUUUUGCCCCAGCAGGAAAAGAAGUCCAUGCGCCCAGGGCAGAGACAGCUUCUUCCCCCGCCAGCAGACUCACUCUCCAUGCUGAAUGACAUACGCACACUUCUUAGCAGGCGCGGAAUAUACAAAGAGUUUGUCAAGGCGCUGAAUAUGUUUAACCAGGGCCUUCUUAAUACAAAUGCGCUUCUUCUUAUUGUAGAGCCUUUUCUCCGGGGAUCAGCCUCUCUGCUUAGUCUCUUCCGGUACUACAUUGGGCAUAGAGAAGUCAAUGUGCCUCCCCACAUCCAGAGCAAUCUUGAAACAUACAAAAAGGUGGGGUCAUACAGAGUUCUUCCAGAGAAAUACAGACAGUCCAUGCACACAGGGCAAACACCUGAUGAUGCAGCAGUUCUAAACACAGGGUAUGUUGCGUGCCCAACCUUCUCCAGCGAGAGCUCUACAUUUAUCUUUGCAAAAAAGAAUGCACACGAGGAGGCGCUUUUCCGUGUAGAGGACGAGAGGUACGAGUGCGAUGUUCUUCUUGAGAGGGUUUCCUCUUUUAUUCUGAAGCUGAUGGAGUACGAGGCAAUUGUAAUUGCAGACGCAAAUGUCUCCAAGGAGCACAACAAGUGCCCUCUUCCAGUGCUCAAGCUUUCUGCGCUGGACAAGGAGAUAAUAGGCGCUGUGUAUGGAGCCUCCUGCGAUGACAUCAUUCUUGGAAUCAUUUCACACCCAAUCCGCGCAAUUCCUGUUGUUCUGAAGCAGCUUCGAUCUAUUGAGGCCCAGUGGAUCAAGGCCCGCACAGUGUCUCUUGAAAUAUGGCGAUCCACCGUGGACAGAAACUACAUUAAGUCGCUAGAUGUGCGUGGCUACAAGAUACGCAGCACCGAGAGAAAGACAACGCUUCUUAAGCAGUUCACCAAGGAGCUGGAUGUGUCGAAAGAAGUUUCUUUCUCUCUGGGAACGCGCUCUGUGUGUGAGCAGAUUCUAUCAAUUAUUUCUGACAGCAUGGAUUUGGAAGCAGGUGCAGAAAAGGCACGCGCUCUUGAGACAUUUAUGAGUUUGCCGCUGCAGUGCAGUGUAUUCUUGGGAACACCAGAGAUCUAUUGCGCACUGAAGGGCAUAUCCACAAUUUGCUGCAGAGUUGCAGAGGCCAUCCACGGAAAGAGAAUAAAGCCAGGGCAAAACAAAGUGGCUGAAGACCUGGGAAUCCAGCGUGCAUCAACCAGUGAUAACACCCAGGAGGGAGCAGAGUCUCUGCAGGAAAUGAUUCUUUCAUCGCUCAGAGCUUAUGUUAUGGAGGAAAUAGACGCAGCAGAGUUUGAGGAGAAAAUGAUCCAGGGACUUGGCGUGCCAGGCGCCUCUCUUGUUGGCAUCUUAGGGGUUUUCCAGAACGUCGAGUCCAUGAUAGAUACAGCUCUUGAGAACAAGGCAUCCCUAGAAAUGCUUGAAAGAGUGCAGAAUAGAGAGCAUGUCCAAACAUCAAACCUCUCAGAGCUGAUGAUCCGCGGAGUACCCAUUGUUCGCAUGGAAAUCUCCACGGGGCUAGACAACACACGCACAGUCCAUGCAUCCCGCGUGCCCCACACCCAGGCAGGGCCUGCCUGGAUCAGCUAUGUAAAGAAGUAUAGCACAGAGGAGACCGAGGAUAGGCAGCCUUUUAUGAAAAGAAGUCUCUGCAGCAAGAGGAAAGCACAGGCAUCCUUUGGCCUGGAGCCUUUCUUUGCGCAGGACCGCCUGAAGGUAUGCUACAUCCCGGGAACAGAAGACUUUAUGUCUGUAAAAAGAAGAAAGACUGAAGAAAUUCAGGAGUAA